AUGGCGAGAUCGCGGGCUUCUAGCAGGCGGCUGCUUCUGGCGCUGUGCCUGGGCGCCGCGCUCGUGGCGACUGUGGCCGCGGGAAGCUACGGAGGCGGAGGGCACGGGGGCGGCGGGGGCGGAGGACACGGCGGCUACGGAGGCGGCGGCCACGGAGGCGGUGGUGGCGGCCAUGGAGGUGGUGGCGGUGGUCACGGGGGUGGCGGAGGUGGCCACGGAGGCGGCGGUCACGGGGGCGGCGGUGGUGGACACGGAGGUUAUGGAGGCGGUGGUCACGGAGGCGGCGGCGGCGGUCACGGAGGCGGCGGCGGCGGUCACGGAGGCUACGGAGGCGGCGGUCACGGAGGCGGCGGCGGCGGUCACGGAGGUUAUGGAGGCGGUGGUCACGGAGGCGGUGGUGGUGGACACGGAGGCGGCGGUGGUGGACACGGAGGCUACGGAGGCGGUGGUCACGGAGGCGGUGGUGGUGGACACGGAGGUCACGGAGGCGGCGGCGGCGGCCAUGGAGGCGGCGGCGGUGGUGGUCAUGGUGGUCACUAUGGCCGCUAAGUAUCACUCUUCCUCUCUACUAAGCCAUCUCUUACUUUCGGACACUAAAAAUU